AUGAAGAUGCUGCUGAGCCUGAUUGCUCUGCUGUCUGCUGCCCUGUUAGUCAAUGCAGCCCCUCCAACUUGCUACUCGAGAGUGUUGUCUCUGAGCAAAGAAAUCACGGAAUCCUUUAAGGAGUUACAGACGUCCAAAGCUGUGGACUCAUGUGUGGAGAUGCUGCCCAGGCUGUACUUGGACAUACAUAAUUACUGUGUGUUGGCAAAACUCCGUGAUUUCGUGGCCUACCCCAGAUGUGAGAGAGUCCUUGAAGUGAGUGAGCUGAAGGAAAAAGCCCGGAGCCUGUACACCAUCAUGAUCUCCUACUGCAGAAGGGACUUGGCUUUCCUCACUGAUGACUGUAAUGCUCUGGAAAGUCCUGUUCUGCCUCCAAUUGAGCCCUCCAUCAUUGAGAGCUAG